UCAGCCCCUCUAACAGCAGUCCUCCUGAAUUUCCCCCACCGCGACCUAUGCCUAGACAUCCCUGGCAGCGAUCGGCCAGUUGCCGCGAGUUGUACGCUUCUAGCUUCGAGGAUUCAGGGAAAGCGCGAUCGAAGGACGACAAACCUUCCGAUGAUCCUAUAUUGGAACCUUUCCGUUUGCCCUCCCAGGGAGAGCUAGACAAUCCCGUGACGCGGUACGAUGAAAGUAAUCGAUCGUACAGCGCGGCUAGCUCGAAGUUACCCUCUCUCGAUCACGACUCGGUACCCGAGCGUGUCUAUAGUAGCUCCUACCCGGGAACUUCGUCGCUCUCCACUGAAUCUGGCCACGAGGAAUCUGGUCCUGCGGGAGAUCUCUCUCACGACGAUCUUUCGCACGAUUCCUACGAACUUUUGGAACGCGAGCACGAAUUUGAAUAUCCGGAAUCGUAUUCGAGUCCGCGGGACGACGACGACGAGAACGAGCCAAUGUCCGAUAGGAGCGACGAAGGAAUCGAGCACGAGAUGUUCCAAAUGGAUUCCGAGACCGAUUCCUUCGUGAAACACCGAUCGAUCAAAUCCACGGAUAGACAACAAUUCAAAUCUGUGCUCGCGGACCUCAAGAACGCUAGAACAAAGUCUAUCGAUCGGUACUCAGCCGUGACCGCGAAACCAGACAGUGACUAUAUCACCGUUGAGUCUCGAAUACAACGAUCUAGCACUCAAAUCGAACGAAAAUUCGAGACACGACACGCUAAUUCGAUAGAGCAACAACAGCAACAACAACAAUCUAAACAUUCUCUUCCGCAUCAGGACUCUGGGAGAAAAGAUCCUGUCGUGUUGCAAGUGCAAAAACAAAAAAUGUCUGUGUUGAACGAGUUGAAAAACUUGAAGCCAAAGUAUAAGAUCACUCACGUAGAUUCGGAGAUUUUACGGGAUGAGGGUAUUAUGCGUCCAAAAUCUCGGAUAGAUGAUGAUUUGAGUCCAGUAGAUUCGACCAAUAGAACGAUCAUAGAUCAAAGAGCUAGGACAGUCAGAGCACGCAGUAUUGCCAGUUUGGAAGACCAUAUAUCACGCGCAUACGUAGAAACGGGUAGUUUAGGUCGGGGUUACAAAGGUGCUGGUGCAGGUAGUGUUAGUAGCGGUGGUGGUGGUGGUGACAGUGGUGGUAGGGAUCGAAAAUCGAAUCGCGAAAGCGAGACGAAGCUCGAGAAAACGUUGACAAAGUUGCAAGACAAAGAGAGGAGAAGCGUGGACCGAGAAGAGAGAAAACGUGUCGAAAGGGAUUAUUCCAGGGAGUAUUCGAGUAAGAAGGCAGAAAGAAGCGAGUUGAGAGAACGUCGAUCGGUCGAGCGAUUGGAUUCGCGAGAUCGAAAAUCGGACAUGCACGGUCGUCGUAGCGUUGAUCGAAUAGACGCAAGAGAAUUACGAAGAAGCAUCGAGAGGCUGGACGUUCGAGAGAGAAGUUACGAACGGCUGGAUUCGAAGGAGAAGUCCUUCCGUCACGGUGAUCCUUACGUGUUACGCGGGAAGAGCGUCGAGCGAUUAGAUUGUCAGGAACUUCGAGGUAGCACGGAGUAUCUAAACAGAAGUCCGAAAGAAAAGACGGGUCAUCGGUAUUCCGAAUCGAGGGAACGUCGAGAGAGAAGCGUGGAACGGUUAGAUUCAAAGGAGAAGAGGAGAAGUCCGGGAAGUCGAAGUAAUACGGUCGAUUACAACCAGAGGCAUACGUUGGAACGUUUUGAUUCUGGAAACAAAAGCCCGCUCGAACGACUCAGUGCUGGCAGGGAACAUCGUGGAAAAAGCGUCGAGAGAUUGGACUCGCAGGAGAAGCCGACAUUUGAUUUCGAUCCCAUUACGAUCGAAAGAUUGAAGUCUUUGGAGAGGUGCAACAACGUUUCGAAAGACAAAGGAUACGAUAGAAAAGCGGAGCGAAAGAGCUUCGAAAAGUUGGAUUCGCGCGAACGAAGGCACCCAGAUCGACUAGAUUCGCGCGAGCGAAAGCAAUUGGAUAGGUUUGACUCGAGAGCAGGAGGAGGGGGAGGAGGAGGAGGAGGAAGAAGUUUCGAGUGCAUCGAACAGGUCUACGAUUGGAGGAGAAACAGCAUAGAGAGGAUCGAGUACAAGGAAUCGAGGAAAAGUAAGGGACGAACAGAAAGGGGAAAGUCCGAGGAGAAACCGCGUGAAAGGGACGACUGGAGAAGCUUGGAGAAAGCGCGAAAGGACGAGGAGAAGCGCGAGCGAGAACGACAAGCGAGGCUCUCGAUAGAGUCGAGGACGGACACGGUGAUCGGUGUGCCGAUGGAAAUGGAAAAUUUUAAAUCAAAGACCAUGUUUACGGAGUACGAACCGAAGAUCGUGGGAGGUGUGGUGCUGGGUUUCGACGACACGAUACCGGGCCAUACACCGGUCGAACGUACCAAGAGCGAUCCGAAUCCGGCACGGCAGAGGUUAGGCUCGAACAGUAAACGGCACAUACUGAUGCAUCAGAAAUCCAUCGACUUAACGCCAGCUGAUUCGGGAGACGAAGAUCCGUUCUCGGACAGUGCGGCUAUGCAAAAGGCGAACAUCGAAAUACCUUACAUGUUACACAAACGACACGUCAUGAAUGGUACCGCAUCUGACGAGAAGUCCGAGUCGGAUAGCGGCAAAACCAUUUCGAAAAAGGCCGGUGCCGUUCGAGAUCUUCCCAAGUUGCCUUUGAAAAUGAUCACGGACAUUUCUUGUUUCGAUCUGUCUAAGCUGUCCUCGAUAGACAAGCCUAGUAGCAAGCUCUCGCCUGACAAGCCAAAGAGCAUUUCGAUCACGCCCAUGCGACCUAAAUCGAUACUCUCAAGCCCGUCCGAUAAACCGAAAAGUAUCUUGAGUCCUACGUCGAAGUUAUCACCUACCGACGCGAAAAACGUAGUUUGCAGUUUCUCUCCAACGAAUAGAAGUCCAUCCAAGGCAGGUUCGAAGGCUCCGUCACCCGAUAAACAGCCGUUCAGAUCCGCGUCGUUCGAUAAAAACCGAACGGAAAUCGUGAUCGAGGAUCGAACGGGUAUUAAAUCGUCCAGUCUCGACAAGAAAACAUCGAAAUUAUCACCGAUCGAACCGAAUGUCACCAUAUUAUCGUCGAUCGAGAAACGCUCGCCCAAGAUGUCUCCCACAGAUCCUAAUGUAACAAUAGUUUCUGUGAUACAAAAAAGGAGGACAUCACCCUCGGAGUCAUCCAAGAGCCUCGCAAGCGCGCAACGGUCGCUCGAUUCGAAGGUGAAGCCUUUGAAUUUUGCCGACGUGGUUGGAAUGGAAAUGAAGAUGAAACUCGAGCGUAAGGCCAAGUCCGAAAUGGAAAAAGACAGUCUGAAAACGCCGGAUGAUAGCUUGGAGAAGCAAGACAGUAUAGAAAAAAUACCAUUGCCGGAAAUUCCUAAACCGGUUGCGACCGGGAUAGAAGACGAAAGAUUCGGCUCCGAUAAGGUAGAAAAAGUUUCGCCCAUAGACGACUCCUCCCGAAAAACGUUCGAAGGUGAAAUCGUUGACGUAGAUGGCAAGCAAAUUAAAGAUGAGAAACAAACUGAACAGUUGGAACCGCAGUCGCAGGAAAAGAAGUUGGAGCAAGUAAUGGAUGUGCAAUUAGAACAAAAAGACAAGGAGAAGGUGAAGAGGGAAGAGAAGGAAUCUUUACCUUCGGCUACUACCGUUGAUGUAAUCUCGGAGAAACCGAAAGUUCCGGAAAAACCAAAGACAUUGGAGAAACCGAGCAUACCGGAAAAAACGAAACGCAUCUUGGAGAAGAUAGAGUCAAAGUUUUCCGAAGCUAGAAUCGCUAAACCGAAGAUCAUCGAUACCGGAUUCGACGAUUUCGUGGAACCUGUCGCAGAUCUGCCUUUGGACGAAGUGCCUGUGAAGCCCGCGUUAGAACUGGACAGCCUUAAAGUUCCUGAAUUCGUUCCUUUCAUGUCGAGGCCACACGGCGAACCUCUGCGCUCGAAAUCGUUAUCGCUAGCCGAAGAGAAAGCACCGAUCGAUACUUUGCUCUCGCCGGAAGUCGAGAACAAACACUUUGUUCCGGAUGUGUCGCCGAAAAGGGCGAAGAGAGCGAAACCAGAGCCAAAGAAGGAUUUCAAGAAACAAUCCAAGUCGCUCGAGGGAGACAAGCCUCCUUUGAAGAAAGCGACCUCGAAGGAGUCCCGCGUAACCACGCCCAGCUCAAAGAUCGACAAGUCCAAAUUGAAGUUGGGAGAGAUGCCUCAGGAAAUCAUCAUAAUCGACUCGACCGACGUAGCACCAGAGGUGAGCAUCGUUCAGAAAGGUAGAUCCAAGUCUAUCACUCGGUUGCCCGAGAAGGCAUAUUCCGCGUCAAAGGAGGAGAAGGAGGAGAGCAAAGGUGGUACUCGAGCGAAAUCCGCCUCGGUCGACGACGAUUUGAUCAAAGUUACCGCGGCAUCCGGCGUGAAAUCCGAAAAAACGAGACCAAAGUCGUUAGGUAUUUCAAAGAGUCUGAGUAGCAGCGCCGAAAGAAAGGAUUCCGCGGAGAAAAUAUCGCCAAAGAGAACGAUCGUUGAACGUUCGAAAAGUGGCACCAAGUCCGAGACUAAAUCGACGGAAUUGAAAUCGCCUACAUCGAUGAAAGAAACAGUGGUGUCGAAGUUGCAGCAGGAAUCUAGAGCGUUGCGUGCGAAAAUCGAUUUGAAAGCGGAAACCGAUAUCGAGGAGCCGAGGGCCGAUACCGAUUUCGACGCACGAGAGCGCGAGACUAUGGACGCGUCCAGACCUGUAGAAGAUCGCGCCACGGAGAAAAAGAGCUCGUAUCCACAGGAUUUGACGCAAUCGCCGGUAAUAUUGCGAAAGCUGGGACAAACGCCCGUUCUAUUUGCCCGUGCGCGUCUCGGUCUAUCGGAGGGAAGCGGAAUCGGUGCAUUGCAAAGGCAGGGCGCAACGCAGUCUCCGACCUCUCAAAGGCGAGCCAAGUCGUUGGACGCUCCGGUGAUAGCGGUGCACAAACUUCCACCGGCGACCGCGUUUUCCAGCAAGGACGACACCGUCGACGUGUCGGAGAAUCCUGACGAGGAAAAGGCUGACGAGGACGUGCCGACAGAGGCGGUUGUUCCAUAUGGCAGCGGUGCCGUCUCCACCACUGGCCCGCCAAUGAAACCGCAAUCCAUUCAGAUCGAGGCAUCGCCCAACCACAGGUCCGACAGUACCGAUCACACCACCAUACCAGAGAUCUUUACCGAUUCCCUGUCUGUUACUGAAACUUCUGCGCAAUAUCUCGAAUCGCCGUUGACAGAAAGCAACGAGAUCAUACCAAGCGCGGAUUUAAUUCCAUACGAGAGAGACGUGCUGCGAUUAGACGCGAACGGUAAAGAUCAAAAGACGAUGUUGGAAUCGGUUAAGGUGGACGAGAAAACGAAAUUUAUCGAUCAGAGUUCCGUGGAGUCUGGCACCGAACAGGAAGUGGUCGCGUUCGAUAAAGCUGUUAGAGCGGAAAAAAUCGAUCUACUCAGCGUCUCAAAAACCAUCGAGGGUUCUGUUCCGCGACCAUGCGACCAAACAGCGACCGAAGCUGUGUCGCUGACGAAGGAGAAACUGUACGAACGUUCGAUGAUCGUCGACGAAUCUACUGGAAAAAUUGCCGAGGCCGAGAUUUCCACGACAGUGUCAAUCGAAAUCGAGGACGAAGAAAGGCGGCAGGCAAUCAAGCUCGCCAAGGAUUCGAAGAAAGCGACGGAGAGGGACGAUCUUCCCGACGUAACGGUGACUACCGUAACUGUUACGCGAGAAGACGCUGGACCGACCGCCUUUCUCAGAUCGACGACAACGAUCGACUUCGACGACGGGCAAGACAUGGUAAAGUCGCCGAUUCAGAUCUCUAUCGAGGAAUGUUCCGAUGAUGACACCGGUGGUGAUGCCGAGGAAGAUGAUGCAGAGGAGGACGAGGAGGAGAUAGCCCAUAGCGAAGACGAGCGGGAAGCGCAAGAGCAGGAAGGCGAUGAGAAUCGGCCGUUGGAUUCCGCGGAUACGAGCGAAGAUACGCUCGACGCUUUAGAUACCCAGGUUCACAUGAGAGGUAUCGACAGCGAAUUGAGCUCACCGGAUUAUGGAGUCGACAAAAUGGACGAGAAGACCCUAGUGGAAGUAGAGUUGACGCCUGAGUAUUUAGAAAUGAAAAGAGAGGACGAGGACGGUGAACUAGCCGAGGAACUGCCAAAAGACGAGGAGAUCGUCGAAGAAAUGAUGAAAGAGUUACCCGAGGAUGUUCCGAGCGCGAAUCGUUUGACGAUCGACAAGAAGCUUAGGUUGAGUAGCGAACGUUCGAGAAGCGAGGAAACCAGUACGUGGACGCCGGACCGCGAAGACCCAGAAUCCAGCUCCUGCUCUAUAGCUCGACCGCUGGGUAUUGGCCAGAUCCAGCCGAUAGUGGAUCGCCGGGAAAUCGUCGCAAUGAUGAAAGACACGCGUGGGCCUGGUUCCUUGGAGGAGGAGAACAGCAGCGGCUCCCAAUCGGGACUUAGACACGAUUUGAAUUCGACUUGGAAGUCCUUUCCCCUGGAAAGCUCUGGAAGUUCGAGCAACGACGAGGGUUGGACAGGUCAAGACGAGAACAAUGCCGUUCAGUCUCAGUCCGAGGAUAGCAACGGACAGAAUGAGGACAGUUUUCAAGAGGAUCUUGCCGAUUUUCCUGGCAGUUUCAUUUAUCCGAUAGGUCCGGAUAUUUUAACCAGUUGUGGCACGUUUGCGCUCACACGUACGUUAUCUAGGAUUUCCGAGAGAUCCACUACAUCGGAACAGGAUAAAAGCGAUUUGGAGGACUCGUUCAAGCCUAGUUCAAGGUCACCCAGUUUGGACGACGAGUCACUGAUAUCGAGCGAUCAUCAACUUUCUCUGUCUUCUGAUCCACCAUCCGGUACGCCUCUUCCCUCGAUUUCCGAUGAUCGGCGCACAUCGUCCGAAUUGCCUGAUAUUCCUAUAGACGUGGUAAGCGAGCAAGAGGAGGAGGCGAAAUCGCCGAAAUCGGGUGGGAAGCCGAAGCUGCAGGAACAAAGCUCGGAGGAUUGGCCAUCUCCGCCUAGUUCGCCUGUGUUCGAUCCUCCUGUAGUCAGCCACGUCGAAACCUUUUAUAUGGAGAUCAAGCCUGAGGAGGCGGUCAAGGUAACGGUAACCGACAGCACCGAAACACCGGGUCAAGUGGAACACGACAGCGAUUCUAGCGAUGAGAAUCGAACACUGCACGACGAUUUGCAUUCCACGUUUUUCGAGGACGGUCACAGCUCGACCUCUGCAACCACCGUUGACGGUACUGUAAAGAUAGCCGUUAAACCAAAGUCGAACUCUCACGUGACGGGUUCUUCGCACAGCGAAGACACCUCGAUGGGAUUGUCGACGUCGGAGUGGUCGAGUUCGAAUAACACCGUGCGCCAAUUUUGCCAAUAUUCUGGUACCAAAUCCGACGACAACUCUCUGGCGGAACUCGGAGCCUCGAUCUCGGACUGGUCGGGUAGCACGACCGUCAUUCCUCAGCAGCACUACUCCUCAUUGACGCCGGUUGAGAAAAGUCAAAGCGACACAACUACAUCCGAUAAAAGCGUGACUAGCAUGAGGCCGAAUUCCAAGUGCAGAACGGCCGAUGGUCCUCCGCUUAUUGGUCCACCCUCGCCACCGUUGCCGCCACCGCCGACUACGCCUCCACUAACACCGUCUCAUUCCGUAUCCGUAUCCGUUUCCGUUUCCGUAUCUGGGAACAUGGAUCGACGUUCGCCGUUCGACGAGCAUCUGGCGAUGUGCCUUCCGUUGGACGGCGAACGAUCAUCAUCGAUCGGUCGAACGAUCAGGAACGAGCAGUCGAACGAAGCGAAAAGAUUCAUCGAUAAUCAAUUCGAUGACCAUCGACUGGUGUCGCGUCACGACGACGACGAACGGCAAGGUUCCGUACAAUCGACGUAUAUCUCGCCACCUCGAAUAACUCUCCAAAACGAGUUCGACGAGACUAUCGACGACGAGUUUCGACUAAUGUCGGACGAUGGUGAUGCGCCGCUUCCGAUCCUCGAAGAGGAGGAAGAGCUCGACGACCAGGAGGUUGCGUCAGGGAGGCAACAGAUGGGAGACGAUCGUUUGUAUGACAACGUUCCCGCUAUGAAAUAUUCGGGCGGCGAUCAAAUCCGAAUGGAAGUUGGUCGAGGGGACAACGCCGAGGAUAUGCACGAAAAAUACGCAGAUUUGGCGCUCGGUUCCAGACCGGCGGACGACGAUUGGUCGUUCGAAGAGGAAAGAGAGGAGACCGUCAUCCAGAAGGAAAAGGUCCGCAGCAGGUCAACUCCCAAAUUCGAACGAGGUUUCUCCGAACCCAUGGAAACUGGCAGGUAUCAUGAAACUAGAUCGACCGAGCGACCCGUACUCGUUCCCAUCAGAGCGAAGUCGACUCCGUAUUAUUCGACAACGAGUCUGAGCGGCGAGUCGACCACCUCUAGUCCUCCGAUGCAGAUCAGGACGCAGAUUCGGACGAAAACGAUGCCUUACUCGUCCAGCAAAAGUCCCCAGAGCGAGGGUGAUACGUCUUCGAGCAUGGACAGUCCCGUUCACACGCCUGUUCACGGUCAGAUAGCUGUUCGUCGAAGACGACGGGAAAACUUAAAGAGGCGUCAUCGAGUGGUGGUGGAUUUCGAGGUGAAGGAUGGUCAGAUUAUUUCGAGUACUGACUCAAGCUUCGACGUGGCUACUAUUCCGCCACCCUUAUUGGCCGAACGUUCGAGGUCCGACGUUGACGAUGACGAGGAUGACGAUGACGACGACAAUGACGACGAUAACGAUGGUGACGAUGACGACGAGUACUCGGAGGCCAAGGAGAUGCAGGAGAAUCGACGGCAACAACGUUGACGCGACUAGCACUUCAAAUCUUUUAACUCCUUUGUUGCAACGUCUUUUGACAUUUUCAACGAGAAUUGGAUAAUUUGUCCAGGAUGAAUACACGACAAGAGGCAACAAGGAGUAAACGAGAUCGAUGUCGAUCCAAUCGACAUCGACGAGAGUGAAGAUCAAAUGAUAUCGUGAAAAACAAUCUAGUUUAAUCUAUCGCGCAUAAGGAUAAUUAGUACGUUUGUUACACGUUUUAGAAAUUCAAUUUAAUUUGAUACGAUAUCGUCGUUAUCGCGUGGGAGCUUUUUGACCCGUAAACAAACCUUUAACUCCAUCGUACUUAACUUAUUCUAUCGUAUAUUUAUACGUAUACGGAACGAGCCGACGCGAAAAUACGAUUGGAACGAAGCUACACCUACUAACGAUAAUUAGUCUAGAAAAUACGAUAUAUGAUAAGAAACGGUAGCGAUCAAAGGUGAUACGUAUGAGAUACGUUUCGAGAUUAAUUAGGGUCGUUGCUACGCGGUUACCGCGAACGUAUAUACUAUGAAGGUAUGACGGAUCUCCGACGGCAGAGAAAGGAUUCUCGAGAGAAAUGAGAGUUAAAACGCAAUCGUAGAAAAACGGAAAAAUAGACAACGAUGCUAUUCCAAUUUACGAAAACGACAAUCAUUGUUGAAGGUGAGAUAGCAUCGUUAAGAAAGCGAUAGGAAGGGUGAAAUGGAAAAGGAAAGGCGGAGGAAUUGUCUCUUUUAGUUCGAGAAUUGAAUCCUCGAUAAGCGGUCGUAUUAUUUGAUCGUAGUUUAAUUUAUGUCUCGUUUAACGACGAAAGACAAGUUGCUCAACAUAGGUACUUAUACAAAAUGUUUAUCGCGUACUUUCGUUGAUACACACGUACGUGCGUGUAUUGUAUGGAAUUGCGAUUCACGGUGCGAGUGGCUAAAUCGGAACGCGUGAAAUAUCGCGAUAGGUUUAACGAACCGUCGAAACGUUUGUCGUCGAAAGAUCGAAUGAUCUGCAAUCUUUCUUCCCUCAGUUUUGUCUCACGGUGUUACAACUCUCUACGGCUUGGAGUAUGAUCGACGACCGAUUUACCAGUUAUAUUGCUAGACUCCGGGAUCGUGAAUAAAUUUACGCGACUCGAGCAGAUGCGGGACGCGUCUUCCGUUUAAUUUUCUCGAUAACGACGAUCACGGUUCAGCACGUGAUUUUUCAAGGUAUCGAUAAUGGUAAAUGGUAAUGGUAACGGCCAAGGUCAUCCGAUGGUUACGGCAUGUUAGGUCGUUGAAUUUCCCUUGAUGUCAAUUAUAAAGCUGCGCCGAUGAAAGUAUGACGUUGGAUUUAAAAAUAUGGAUGACCUUGAUAUCCGAAGAAUCGCGUGGCCUCGGCGUUGUUUACCGUCGUGGGGUUUUAUGGAAGAUGUUUUUUCUGCAUCCUUGAAGGGAGAACGAUCGACCGCGUCGCGUCACGUCGAAUUGCUUGGAACAUGUCGUACGUGAAGGAUCAAACCGAACUAUUCAACUCGGAGAGACAAAGAAAUUUGAAUUGGUUGAAAGAAAAAAUUCCAUUGGCUUCAAUUUACGUUCUUCCGACUAAUACCAAGCUUUCUAUCGUAUGCUCUAUUCAGACGCUAAUUUUUGCACGAUCAAGAGUAACGGAAAAGUGUAUCGAUAUGAAUUUCUAUGGAAUUUCGUAAGACAACGAUCUGCAAAAUAAUGCAGCAUGAUAUUCUCAAUGGUUUUUGAGUCUGUUGGUAAUAAGAUAACUCGGUUAGGAAGCUCGAUACUGUUCAUACGAGGGACGCAUAGUUGGUUAGGUCGAGGCUAAAUUUGUAAAACGAUCGAUAUUAAUAUAAUGGACUACGAGAAAAAGCCGGGAGUAAAUAACUAUCCCGUUGCAGGUCGGGUUAACGCGGUACUAACGCGUAAUUUUACGUCGAGCGUAAGGGCGUCAAUGUAAAAAUAUCUUAGCACGUCGCGUCCCAUGUUUGUUAUGGAAAUAUCGUAUGGAAGGUUCUAUGCUCGAGAAACAACAUCCAAACCGAAUUUCUUCGUUUCGUUUGCUUUCUUUCAAUGUUGAUGUUUCGGUAGAAUUUAGCUGCGAUUUUGGUUUCUGAUGGAGUUUAGAGACGUUCAAAAGCAAUAAUUUAACCUAUUCGUAAGAGGUUGUUCGUUAGGAAGCGAACGUUAGAUAGGGAUUUAUUGCACUGAAAAUACGGAUCGGAGAGUUUUUCUUCCUUGUUGUGCAUAGACAUACAUAGACGUGUGUCGUUUCAACGACACGAUUCCGUUAACCCUCUGACUGCCACGCGUAACAUUCCAAUCUUUACAUAUCGUCUGAUUCGUCCCUCCGAUUUUCUACGCUUAACGUUUUUGUUUUUCAUUAUCGUAGAUAGUUAUAGAUCGCACAGGUAUAUUCGAGAAUCGUUUAAUUUUUCAUUUCGAAACGGCAAUGUUCGAAGCAAAAGCACUUCAUAUCUUUUCUGUUUCGCGCGCAACGAUUCGAUUGAUCCGAUCGACGAUAGAUGAUCGACAAGACAAGAGGAGACAUCCGUUUAACAGAGUUUGCAGAUAUUGGAGAAAGGGCGUGGCGGUCGGAGCGGAAAAGCUGAGCUUAGAUAGCCUUGUGUCAGACCGGCUUGAACGGUCUGAACCGUUCUGUGAUUUGUCGCGAAUUAAAAAUGCGAAAGAAGGGAGAAUGUAUAUAUAGUCGAUGGUGCGUCUCGAAAUCAAUUCACGCCUUGUUUCUUCCAGACGGGUAGGGGUAGCUCGUUUGACACGAGACAGGAAAUCAACGCGAUCUCUAAAAUAGUCUAUCUUAAGCAUGGACGAUCGUUGAUAAUCACGUUGUCGUUGAAUAAUCGUUAAUCACCACCGUGACCAUUAAUCGCCACUCCAUUAGUCAUUGUUACGGUAUUAUCGCUACACUUAAUUGAUUAAAAGGUUACUAGUUACUACAUCGUAGAACGCAGUGAAGAAAUAUACAAAGAAACUAAGUACGUAACUACGUAUCAAAAGAUAUAAUAAAAGAUACGAGAUUAGAAAGUGAAUGCCGAGUGCUGAUCACGAUGUCGAGGCUUAAGUUGCUUUCUACGAACGCGAUGACGAGUCAACGAGAAUCGUUCAAUCGUGAUAGAUCGAUGGCGAACUGGAAACGCAUUUUUGAACGAUGUUCGCCCGCGUACGUCCUUUCGUCGAGAAUCUACGUUUUCGCUUGCGAUUCCUCGAAGCUAUACAUAAUAUACGAUUCGCGAUAGCAAAUCUUUUCGAACGCAACACCGCGUUUGUCGGCGAAACGAUACUCGAGCGACCGGCAACAUUCCCUUCGCAUUCCUCAAGCGUCUGCACGUAAGGAUAGCGAUUCGGCUGACAACCAGGGAAACGUUGCACGAGAACGAGUCGCGAGGAGUUCGCGAUACCGUAUUGAUUCUCAAUUUGUUCCUUUGCAUGCAAAACUAUCGGCAUAUCUUCGUAAUCGUCGCUCUUGAACGAUCGACGCGGAAUCUGUCGCGGAUCCCACCGCGAUUAUAAUAGGGCCGUACUUCGGCUGCGCUAUAAUACUCACGAACGUUAUCGUCCAGUAGGACAGAGAUCACAGUAAAACAGUAAGUCAAUCUCGAUGGGAGCAUGGAAAUAUUAAGACGAUUAACUUAUGCGUGCAUAAUGAUGGGCACUAGAUUCGCUUGUUGCUUGAUACGAUCAAGCGAUCGUACCAGCCCGAUUAGUUUUGUCUACAGUGUUUCAAGCAUAAUAUCGACUGAUCAUUUUUCGUGCCCAUCGUUAGUUACCUUUACGCGAACGCGUCGACGCUUUGACGGAUAUCCACCGUCCCUGGAAUCGUCGCUUUCUUCUCGAGUUCCUCGAUCAUUCUGGAUCGCGCUUUCUUUUCUUUCUUUCUUUCUUUCUCUCUUUCUUUCUGUCUGUCUGUCUAUCUGUCUUCCUUUUCUUUUAUACAUUCUCGAGGAAAGUUGAAAGGUACGGUCCUGCCGAUCGAUUCCUCCAAGCGAAAUCCCAUCCUAGACAGAAGAAGAGUAUCGUUGUAUCCUCGAUCUAUCCGUACGAGUUCCUGUAUCGGUUUAAUCUUGACUUGUCCUCGUCUUGCAUUUGUGCAUCGUCAAUCCUGUCCUGCCAUCGAUAUUACUACACACGCACGCGUCUCUUCGAGCACUAUUCUCUUUCUGUAUUUCUACGUUUUUCAGUUUGUCUAUGUCAUCGUAUCAUUACCAUUGUCAUUAUCGGCCUCGCCAUACCACCUUCCAUUCUUUCCAUUUUACCAAUGUUGUCACUCGACCAUCUCUUCGUCCAUCGUUCUCAUCGCAGAUAUCAUUUUUCAAUUUCGUUUCCUUGGUUUUCCUUUUUCUUCUACUCCUUCUUUUGAACUCAUUCUCCCUCAUGGUUAUAGUUAUUUGGUACGCGUGCGUGUUACUCGAUUACACAGCGCGUAUGUGCCGCCUCGAGAUCGUUGCGCUCGAAGUUUUCGAAUCCGUGUGCAGACUGACAGUUAAUGGAAACGGGAUUGGAAACGGUGGAUUUUUGGCUGUUUAGAAGCCGAUCCUUAAAAAUUCGUUCGUCGAAGAAAAUAUGAGACGACGAGCUACUCGAUACCGAGUUGCCAUUUACCUGCCAAAUUUAUCGCCAGUUUCCGCAACGAGCUAUUGCUUUCGCGCUUCGAUGAAAAGAAGAAUCCGUUGCCAAUGCGUUCCCAGCACGCGGCCCCGCUGCUCGUAUUUACGCCUUUUUUCCCUUUUACAAGCGAGUCACGAUCAAUGAGAAAAAGAUUUUUGCCAAGCAACCCACGAAAACCUCGAGCCCGACGAGAUGUUCAAAGUUGAUCGGUUUAUAUCAAUAUUAACAAACGACUGAACACUAUUCGUUACGAUAAAUGAUAUACAUGUUAUGUGUAAGUAUAUACGCGUAUAUCAAUAAUACGUGUAUAUGUUUAUAUACAAUAUAUAUAUUAUAUAUAUAAUAUAAUAUAUAUACAUAUA